AUCAUGUUGUCAACCUAACCUAACCGCGUGUACAUUUAUUUCCAUUUAUUUACAGUGGAAUUUUCUUUAACAAUAAAAAUUUCGAAAUACAUGUUUGUUACAAGAAUUAUUGGACAUGGCUUCCACUAAAGUGGAUAGUUUUAUCGACAAAUUUAACACCUUUACUCAGAAACCCGUGAAUUUUCUUUCAGUUCAAGAUGAUUUGAAAGAGGACAUCAAAAAUCUGGUGAAAUCUUUGUACGACUUCACAAAAUCGCAAGAAGGUAGGAGUAAAGGAAAGAAGAAAAGUGCCUUAAGAAAAUUAAUAAUUCAAGAUUUCGAUGAAGAGCAGGUGUGGCAACAAAUUGAACUUCAAAAUACUGAAUGUUGUGAGAAACUUGUAUGGGAAGUAGCUAAUGUUGUGUCUAAUAAAGAUGGCCUGUUGUUCCCUGUGGAGGUUCAACGAGACUCCAAAGAGGAAAAAAUAGAAAAUGACAGUGAAAAUGAAUCAAUGGACCAUGAGUCUGUUGACACUGAGGAAAAUGAACAGCCUGAUUUUGAAGAGCCAAAAAAGAUGUUAAAAUCUAAUAAGAACAAAACUAAACAAUCUAUCGUAGAUGAUAAUUUUUUCAAACUGAGAGAUAUGGAAAAUUUUUUGAUUAAUGAAGAAAAGAGAGACAGUUCUAAAGGUAAAAAAGACAAAACUGCAGAGAGCGAUGAAGAGUCAAUAGAUUUGUUUGAAGAUAUUGAUGAUGAGGAUUUGGAUGAAGAAGAUGGUGGUAAGGAUAUGAUGUACUCUGAUUUUUUUGAUGGGCAGGAUGAGGAACAGGAUGAUAUCAAUGAUGAUGCAAAUGCUGAAUCUGAUGAGAGUAGUCUGGUUGAAAACAGUAAAAAGAUUGCUGCUGAUUCAACAGAUGAUGAUAAUGACGAAAGUGAUAAUGAAGCAGCAGAGAAAAUAGUAAAUGGAAAAUUAGAUAAUGAAAGAAAGUCAGAAUUUGAACAGAGACAACAGCGUUUACAACAAACUAUAACUAGAUUAGAAGAGAAGACAUUAAGAGAAGCUCCAUGGCAACUCAAAGGUGAGGUAGAUGCGUCAAAGCGGCCUCAAAACUCGUUAUUGGAAGAGGUUGUGGACUUUGAUUUAACAAGUCGGCCACCUCCCAUCAUCACUGAACAAACCACAGUAACUCUAGAAGAUAUUAUAAGGCGUAGAGUCAAAGACAAAGCUUGGGACGAUGUUGUAAAAAAAGAAAAGCCUGUUGAUGACCAGUUAUCGUUCCGAAAAAAUGAGGUACUGGAUCAGUCCAAGAGCAAGCUUAGUUUGGCUCAAGUGUAUGAAGCUGAGUACUUGAAGCAGAAGCAGUCUGCCUCAGGGGAAGUAGAAGAAGAAAAGGAGCUGGAGAGUCACACUGAAGUUAGGGAUGCAAUGAAAAAAUUGUUUGCAAAAUUAGAUGCUCUAUGUCAUUAUCAUUACACACCAAAAGCACCACAGGCAGAAGUUAAAAUUGUUAGUAAUACUCCUGCCAUCUCAAUGGAAGAGGUGGCUCCAGUUGCUACAAGUGAUGCUGCAUUAUUAGCUCCAGAAGAGGUGAAGAAGAAGCAUAGAGGAGAGUUUAUAAGUAAAGAGGAGAGGACACAAACAGAUAAGAAUAGAGAGAGAAGGAAAAAGAAAAAGCUACAAAGACAGAAGGGAAAAGUAAUGAAAGUGACAGAGCACAGAAACACAAAGAAGGGUAUAGAAGCUAAUGAUAAAUCAUUAAAAACUUCGAAGGCCUUCUUCCAGCAACUAAAUGAUGACUCGUCUAGUUUAAUUAAAAAAUCUAAUAAAAUGAAGCAUAAUCCUAAAAAAAAUAAAGGACAAUAAAAUGUAAAUAAAUUGUUCUUGUUUUAAU